AUGUUCAAGAAUUGGUCGCAAACCCUCUUACAAGCCAUCGCUUUCCUUCCCGCGUUGACUCUAGCCCAGAGUGUUUUCGCACAUGUCAUUGUCGGCAACAAUGGAGCGUAUACCCAAGAAGACUGGACGAAAGACAUCAUUUUAGCAUCCAGUUUCGGAAUCGAUGCUUUUGUACUCAAUAUCGGCACACCCUUCGAGGGCACGACCGCAACUCAACUCAGCUAUGCCUACCUCGCCGCCAAUUCCCUCAUCAAUUCCGGCCAAGGAGAUUUCAAACUUCUCAUCUCCUUUGACUAUCUCGGAGGCACAGCAGGCCCCUGGACGCCAGCAGAUAUUGAACUGAUUCUCAAAGCAUAUGGACCGAAAAAAUCCUAUUUCAAAGUCGAUGGAAAGCCCUUUGUUUCGACUUUUGAAGGCACGACGUCCGAUCAAGUCAACGCGUGGCCGGGAAUUCGCUCUGCUCUCCAAUCCAGCGUGGGUGAGAUUUAUUUGGUUCCGUGCUGGACGUCUUUGGGCCCGACAGGUUUUGAUGCUAGUCUUGUUGAUGGUGCUUUCUCAUGGGACAUGUGGCCCAACGGCCCCACAGACGUAAACACCCUCUCCGACCAAACCUGGCAAACAACCAUGAAAUCCUCCAGCAAAACCUUCAUGAUGGGAGUCUCACCCUGGUUCUACACCAAUCUCCCCCAAUACCACAAAGCCUGGGUCUGGCGCGGCGACAACGCCUGGUCCCUCCGUUGGAACCAAACCCUCACCCUGCUCCCCCAAUUCGUCGAAAUUGUGACGUGGAACGACUACGGCGAAGCGCACUACAUCGGACCUAUCCUCAACAAUUCCGGCAUCCCUACCGGCGCAGAAACAUACGUGAAAAAUUAUCCUCACGAAGCCUGGUUGCAGACUCUACCUUUUCAAAUUUCCGCUUACAAACACGCUUAUUAUAAUAAAAACAACAACAAUAAUCAUCCAGCUCCAAUCAUCCCCUCCAACAAAAUCAUCUACUGGUACCGAACCACUCCCGCAGCAACAUCAUCAUCAUCAUCAUCAUCAUCAACAACAACAAAUGUCGUAGGAAAUAACGCUCAAUCCCCUACAAACCCCAACGGAUACCAACAAGAAUAUCCCCUAGAAGAAAUUCUCCAAGAUGAAGUUUUUGCAAUCGUAUUAGCAAAGGAAGCCGGGUCUGCAACAAUUACAAUCGGGAGCUCGACGUCGGCGUAUUAUGUUGUCGCGGGGAUGAAUUUUUUCUCGAAGCCUUGGCAGGGGAAUACGGGGAUGGUGAAGGUGGCGAUGCUGGGGGGGAGGAUUGAGGGGAGUGGAGUGGAGAUUUUGGAGAGGCCGAGAGAUGGGGUGGAGAAUUUUAAUGCUUGGGUGGGGUGUGCGGGAGAGUGUUCUGGCCGGCCAAGUGGGCGUGUCCCGCCAAUAUAA